GCCUGCUCAGAAAAGAUUUGAUACAAGGACCCAAAGUUUCCAAAAUCUCGUUGAAGGAAAUUUUUCCACGAAAAAAUGAUCUCGCCUGUACGAGCAGAGUUAGCAGAGCUGAGGAAUCAUUUUAAGAAAAACAAGAAAAUCCGGGAUUACCAGGCGCACACCUCCAAAGUUCAUUCGGUGGGCUGGAGUUGUGACGGGAGAAGACUAGCCUCCGGUUCCUUUGACAAAAGUGUCACUGUUUUUACACUGGACAGAGACAGAUUGAGCAAGGAGCACAACUUCACAGGGCACGAUGGAAGUGUAGACCAGAUCUGCUGGCACUCCAGCAAUUCAAACCUGCUAAGUACCGCCAGUGGGGACAAAACUGUCCGUAUAUGGGACUCAAGAUCAAAGAAGUGUGUGACUAAGAUCAAUACAAAAGGUGAAAACAUAAACAUCACCUGGUCUCCUGAUGGCAGUACAAUCGCUGUUGGCAACAAGGAAGAUCUUGUCACUUUCAUUGACACUCGAACAGACAAAAUUAAAGAAGAGAAGCAGUUCCGGUUCGAGGUCAACGAGAUAUCAUGGAACAAGCAAGGCGACUUAUUUUUCCUGACAAACGGCCAAGGCUGCAUUAAUAUCUUGAGCUAUCCAAGCCUGGAACUUCGUCAUGUACUUCAAUGCCACCCAGGAACUUGUAUUUGCAUCGAAUUUGAUCCCACUGGUAAAUAUUUCGCCACUGGCUCAGCAGAUGCUUUGGUGUCCCUAUGGGAUGUCAGCGAUCUGGUUUGCAUGAGGACAUUUCAGAGGUUAGACUGGCCAGUACGAACUCUGAGCUUCAGUCACGAUGGAAAACUUUUGGCCUCUGCGUCUGAAGAUUUGAUCAUCGAUAUAGGUGAUGUUGAGUCAGGAGAAAAAGUUACAGAGAUAGCUGUGGAAGCAGCCACGUUCACAGUUGCAUGGCACCCAAAGCAGUACUUGCUGGCCUUCGCUUGUGAUGACAAACAGGAAAGAUAUGAGAGGAAAGGAGGAGCAGGCACUGUCAGAUUGUUCGGCUGCUUUGGUAGUAAUGAAUAAUUUUGAAAUUUACAUCAA